GUAACCUCACCACUCCCCCCAACAACCUCACCCAACAUGUCCAGUUCCGACGAAGACUACGUCGCGGAUUCCGACGAUGAUGCUGGUGCUAACCAGCCAUCCGCCAAACACGGCACGCGCUCCUCAGGCCCCGUGAAGGCUUCUGGCGACGCUGGAGGCAGGAAGAGAGCCGCGUGGGAGGACAUCCAGCGUAGUUGGGAUACCAUUGUUGAGGGGGCGGAUGGGAGUAUUAAUUCGGCGGUUGAGGGACUGAGGGAGGCGGGGAAGAGGAAGAGGUUUGUUUUUUCCCCUUCUUCUUUCUGUCUUUUGAGCUCUCUUGUAUCUGGGGUUUGUUUUUGGGGAGAUGGAGAGGAUGUUUGGAUAGUGGUUAACUAUAUUGGAACAGAUUAUUGAAAGAUACUACGCCUUUACAAAGAGGUAUUAUUCGGCAUCUGAUACUGAUUAUCGACCUCUCCUUCGCUAUGGUGGAGAAAGAUCUCCGUCCAACCCGCUAUCUCCUCACCAUCCGUUACGCAUCUGAAUUCGUAACCGAGUACUUUGAGCAGAACCCCAUCUCGCAAUUGGGCAUAAUAGGCAUGCGCGACGGUAUCGCCGUGCGAAUCAGCGACAUGUCAGGAAACCCCACCGAACACAUUGAGAAACUGAAAGGGUUGAGAGAGCAGCAGGGACAGGGAAAUCCGAGUUUACAGAAUGCGCUGGAGAUGAGUCGAGCUGCGCUUUUUCACGCGCCCAGUCAUGGAACGAGGGAGAUUCUCAUUAUUUACGGCGCGUUACUUAGUUCGGAUCCGGGAGAUAUACAUGAGACGAUUCAAUCUCUCAUCACAGAUCGUAUCAGGGUUUCGGUCGUGGGACUUGCUGCGCAGGUUGCUAUUUGUGCGGAACUGUGUAAAUCGACAAAUGCAGGCGAUGAAGGGAAUUACAGCGUUGCGCUCAACGAACAACAUUUUCGCGAAUUGGUCAUGGCGAUUACUACCCCACCGGUAACCAGGACGAAGAAACAGUCUCAAAGUAGUCUUUUAAUGAUGGGGUUUCCAUCGCGCACCCUGGGGAGUGGAAAGACAAUGAGCUUUUGUGCUUGUCAUAGUAAAUUGAGUCGAGGGGGAUAUCUCUGUUCGAGGUGCAACUCGAAAGUCUGUUCCUUACCCGCAGAAUGUCCUGCCUGCGGUCUCACACUCAUCCUCUCCACCCAUCUCGCGCGCUCAUAUCACCAUCUCUUCCCCCUCAAAAACUGGAUCGAGGUCCCCUGGUCCGUCGCCUGGUCAGAAAACUCCAAAGCAUGUUUCUCAUGCCUCUCGAAAUUUCCCGAGAUCCCGAAGGAUGUAGGAGCGGAUGGAGAGCCACGAAGGAAACCCGGUGAACAUAAAGGUACCAGUGAGAGUUCCCGGUAUGCGUGUGAGGUUUGUGGAAACCAUUUUUGUAUUGAUUGUGAUGUUUUUGCGCAUGAGGUUGCGCAUAAUUGUCCCGGGUGUCAGGGGGAUACGAGGGCGGGCGAGAAGGAUGGGAUUGUUAGGGAUGGGGCGAGAGGGGAUGGGGAUGUGGUUAUGGUUGGGUGAUCUAGCUGUCUAUGGGUUGGUAAGGGAAGAAGAAACAUAAAAAGGUUGAGGAGAGGGGAGGGGAUGAAGUUGUACUGCUUACUCGAUAGAGAUUCCGACAAAGGCGUUUACGGGGCUGGGAAAAAUCCAUGGAUGAGGGAAAAGCUGGGAUCGCAGGUUUGUUGGUGUUUACAGUAUGGUGGUGUAUUCCUUCUUCAAGGAGUUUUAUGUUUUCCCUUUUCUGAUAGAAUUCGCUCGGAAAGGACGCAUUUAUAAUGAAAGAAAUGAAUAGAUGGAUAGUUGCGAAAAGC